GGUUGCACAAGGCACAGUUGUGGUGUAGUUGUAGUAGUAGAAGCUACGCGUCCCAACAGUGUGUUAUUAUUUGGGGCAAAUUGUGUCACACUUGGUUUGACUGUUUUACACUAGUUAGUUGGUCAAGACGUAGGUACAGUUUUACGCACGCCAUUCAGAGUAGUUCAUUUUUUAGUCUAAGUUGCAAGCGAUCUUGCUAACAGAAUUAGCAUUUUGGAGCACGUCGCUUUCGAUGCCAUCGUCGAUGGAAGGACCAACUAGCAAAGACGGUGACCUGUAUACGGUGAAGCAUGAGCUAAAAAACGCUAACCUCACGGGCCAUGUGGAGAGGGUGGGCAUUGAGAAUUUCGAGCUGCUCAAGGUACUUGGCACUGGAGCCUAUGGCAAGGUUUUCCUGGUGCGAAAGGUGAGCGGGCAUGAUGCAGGCAAGCUGUACGCCAUGAAGGUGCUGAAGAAGGCCACCAUUGUGCAGAAAGCCAAAACCGCAGAGCACACGCGCACCGAGCGGCAGGUCCUCGAGCACAUCCGCCAGUCACCUUUCCUUGUCACCCUGCACUACGCCUUCCAGACGGACACACAGCUGCACCUUAUCCUGGAUUAUGUGAACGGCGGGGAGCUCUUCACACACCUGGUGCAGAGGGUUCGCUUCAAGGAGCAGGAGGUGGCGCUGUACAGCGGAGAGAUCGUGCUGGCCCUGGAGCACCUUCACCAGCUGGGCAUUGUUUAUCGAGACCUGAAGCUGGAAAAUAUUUUGCUGGACUCAAAUGGUCACAUCGUUCUCACAGACUUUGGCCUCAGCAAGGAGUUUCAUGAGGUGGAAAGGGCCUACUCUGUCUGCGGCACCAUCGAGUACAUGGCUCCUGAGAUUGUGGAGGGGGGCACGACAGGUCAUGACAAGGCGGUGGACUGGUGGAGUCUGGGAGUGCUGAUGUACGAGCUGAUGACAGGUGGAUCACCUUUCACUGUAGACGGAGAUGAGAACUCUCACACAGACAUCUCCAAGAGAAUACUAAAGAAGGACCCCCCAUUCCCAAAGGACAUGAGUCCCCUGGCCAAAGACAUCAUCCAGCGCCUCUUGACCAAGGACCCCAAGAAGAGGCUGGGGUCUGGGCCCUCUGGGGCAGAAAGCGUGAAGGGACACCCAUUUUACCAGAAAAUUAACUGGGAGGACCUGGCAGCAAAGAAGGUUCCGGCACCAUUCAAGCCGGUGAUCCGGGAUGAGUUGGACGUCAGUAACUUUGCGGAGGAGUUCACAGAGAUGGAUCCCACAUACUCCCCGGCGGCUCUGCCCCAGAACUGUGACCGCAUCUUUCAGGGGUACUCCUUCAUGGCUCCCUCCAUCCUGUUCAAACGCAACGUGGUGAUGGACGACCCGUCUGAGCUGUGCGGAGGCUCCGAGCGGCCCGGUUCUGCAGCGGUGGCCCGCAGCGCCAUGAUGAAGGACUCCCCGUUUUACACUCACUAUGAGAUGGACCUGAAAGAGGCCGCUCUGGGGGAGGGGAGCUUCUCCAUCUGCAGGAGAUGUACCCACAAGAAGACGGGACAGCAGUAUGCCGUGAAGAUCGUCAGCAAGAGAAUGGAGUCUCAGACACAGAGGGAGAUCGCAGCGCUGAAGCUCUGCGACGGCCACCCCAACAUCGUCAAGUGUCACGAGAUUUUUCACGACCAGCUGCACACAUACCUGGUGCUGGAGCUCCUGCAGGGCGGGGAGCUGCUGGAGAGGAUCCGCCGGAAGAGGCACUUCAGCGAGACGGAGGCCAGCCGCAUCAUGCGCCGCCUGGUGUCCGCCGUCAGCCACAUGCACGACGUGGGAGUGGUGCACAGGGACCUCAAGCCGGAGAACCUGUUGUUCAUGGACGAGAGGGAGGACUCGGAGAUAAAGGUCAUCGACUUCGGUUUCGCGCGGCUAAAGCCGCCCGAUAACCAGCUGCUGAAGACGCCGUGCUUCACCCUGCAGUACGCCGCCCCAGAGAUCCUCAAAUACGACGGCUACGAUGAGUCGUGUGACCUCUGGAGCCUGGGGGUCAUCCUGUACACUAUGUUGUCAGGACAAGUGCCCUUCCAGUGUCAAGAGAAGAGUCUCACCCAUACCAGUGCCGAGGAGAUCAUGAAGAAGAUCAAACAUGGGGACUUUUCUUUUGAAGGAGAGGCCUGGAGGACUGUAUCCCAGCAGGCCAAGGACUUAAUACAAGAGCUGCUCACAGUCGACCCAGAGAAGAGGAUUAAGAUGUGUGGCCUCCGGUACAAUGCCUGGCUCCAGGAUGACAGCCAGCUGUCCUCCAAUCCCCUCAUGACCCCGGACAUCCUGGGCAAUUCCACCGCCUCUGUGCACACCUACGUCAAAGCCACCUUCAAUGCCUUUAACAAGUGUAAGAGGGAGGGCUUCCGGCUGCAGACAGUGGACAAGGCCCCGCUGGCGAAGAGGAGGAAGAUGAAGAAGACCAGCACUAGCACCGAGACGCGGAGCAGCUCCAGUGAGAGCUCACACUCGUCCUCCUCUUCCUCGCAGUCGCAGGAGAAGACACCCACCGGGGACCCACCCCAGCAGCCCGCCAGCACCCCCCUCACCCUCACCUCUGACGGCAGCAGCAACCCGCUCCAGGACCCGGCCCGGUCUGUGUUCCACUUCUCCGAGUGAGUCGGGAAGGCCCGGUCCGUUCCCAGCGAACCGCAGUCCGGGAGGGGGAGGGAGGGGGAAGAAAACCAGGACAAGACGCACAGACAUGACACACUCACACACAAACAACGAAGGCAGCUGGGGGGGGGGGGGGGGGGGGGGUGGACGCACUGUCACACACGCAUGAGGACCCCCGCGUCCAUACAAGCAUGCAUCUCUCCAACGUCGCUAGCAAUAGACGGACCAACUCGUCAGACCCAAUGCAUGACCGUUCAGACCGCCACCAUGUCGAAAUCCAAGGGCUGUGGACGUAUUUCUCUCGGCUGGGCGGUGGAGUGGAAGAGUAUCCGCUCACCUGUGAUUACGAGUCUCACAGAAUGCACUGAGGCUUCAACUACAACACUGCAGAUUGUCGCAGCUACUGUAGAUGCGUCUACAACCCAAACAAAAGAGUAUUUAAGAUGUGUACAUUAGUGAUAAAUAUAUAUAAAAUGUGAUCCUGAGAUGUAUGGUUUGUAUGUUUUAACUUAUUCAUAUCGUAAGUGUCAGAAAGUGAAACAGAUGUUCUUUCAGUUCCUAGUUCAUGCCAUUUCCACUGCUGGUCACAAAUUGACAGGAUUUCUCAACUUCAGAUACUGUAAAGUCCCACUUUAUUCCAACGUGUGUUUUGUGAAGUGGUUUCUUCGGGGAUUGAAACCUCAACAUUGAAAAUAAUUGUGACGUAGAAAUUCAUGUUUUCAGUCUAUGUGGGUGUUGUACAUUGCAUUGUGUUGCAUAACUGAACCUCAGAUGGAAAAGCAGUUUUUCCAAUGCUUUUUCCUGCCAGGAUACACACGGUGCACAGGUAUUGACUAAGCGUGGAGCAUUACCUGGGCGCAAGUUCGCAGCUCUUUCUCCUGUGUGAGGUCCGAAGUUUGUCCAUUGUCUGAGAAUUGACUAUGGAAACCACAGGUGUUGUUCAUAUGUGACCAGCCAAACAGUGUCAUCGUCUGACUCACGUAAAGGUGCUUUUUAAUGAAAAUAAUAAUAAACAUUUAGAAAAAGGGGAUGCAGAUUUAGUGUUUGUAAGUGGUGUGCUUGAAGAAGCACAGGUUGUAGUGACUCCUAUCAGAUCUAUUAGGUGAAGGACAUUUGAAAACAGUUCUCAUUUGGAAAGGUUAUCAGAUGUGCAGCCCAGCUAACUACUGUUGGUUUCUCUGAUAUGCGGUGGGGUUGGCAGCACAGUAAGCCAGGUUUCAUAACUUCAAAGCUUUGACGUUCUUGUCUGUAGAUCUUUAGAUCUUGAGGCUGCAGUUUUUGGGAAGGGCUAUUGCAUGCCCAAUGCCAAGGUCUGUAUCAAGUCUAACUUCCAGAUUCACUGAGAACCAAUAAGGGACUGUCUGGUGAAAGUGGUGAUGGGCACAAAUAUCAAAUUAACAGAGAAGUAGCACAGCAAUAACUCCUUGGUAUCUCCCUGUGCUUGAGGACACCCAUGGUUCCCCUGUCUGAGACUAAGGACUGUCCUGAGGCAGAAGAAAUUGUGCUCUUUUUGAGAGUUGGUCUGGUUUCAGUUUCAUUCUUGGUGUGGGCAUGGAGUCAUUUGACUGCUGUCAGAGGUUUUCCAUUAAAGUUUCCCUGUAAGAGCUGAAAUGUUGGGAGGUUUCUGGAGAAAAUCUAGAUCUGUACAUUGGAAAAGUGCUAUUGUGCCACCUGGCCAGGCAUUUUUCACAGCCUCCAAGUGGAGGUCAUGGCUUUUUUACCACUUUUCACCACUACCUGUGGGCAUAAGGAUUUGCACGGGAAGGUGUGUGUUUCUAUGCAAAAUCUAAUGGGAAUAUCAGUUAAACUGUCAUCAGUCUGAAGCUUUGCACGGCUAUAUGAGUUGUGUGAAGUGUCCGAUUGGUAGCAUUCAGUCCUUGUAAGUGUUAAUUUGUGUUUAAUGUAUAUGUAAUAUCAAGUUGUGUAAAUGCUUCUUAGUACAAAGUUCAAAACAGUGGAUCCGACACAAUAAAGGCCCUUGUUCAAGGCCGGUUGAAUUAUUGUGAGCAUCGGUUGGCUUUUUGCUCUUUCUGAAUUCUAGGCUGUAGUUAGAGCACAGUGGUACAGCUCAGAAAUGCUGUUCUCAGAAAGCGCACCUUGCAUUGAAAUCGUAUACGCUUCUUAUCCACCUCUUGCAGAUUCACUGUAGGUGUGCUUUUGCAGAUUUCUCAGAUUUGUGAUUUUGGUUUCGUUACCUCAUGACCUGAGGAAUCUUAACAGAGAAGGGAUGUGAGCAGUUUAACUGCACCAAAUAGGAGGGGCUAUUGGGAAAAGAGCUUCCCGCAUGUAUUAGCCUUGAUUUGUAUCUGUAUUAGCUGAUUUUAGAUGGGAGGCACUUCAGCGGGAAGAAAGGAAACUCAUUUCCUUUUGUUUCCAGAGGGAAGGGGAUGGAGGGCUGCUGUAACGGGGCAUGCGGCUGCUUCCCUGAUAUCCGACCUCAGCCUCAGACAGGCCACCUGCCAAAGGCCUAAUUACACCCCCAGGCCCAGCUCAGACAUGAUCCGGAACAUUCUAGCUACAUUUGCGUCCACACUUCACGGUUCACAACCGCGUUCAGCGACCUCUUGGUGUUCGAAUCACCUUCCAUACAAUUACGCUCAGCAAACAGCACAGUCCAGCAAACUUGAGUGGACUUGAAUUCAUUGUCAUUGAAUUUGCAUCAGUUUAUGUUAGUGAGUUGCUUAUAAAGAUCUUUAUUUUUUUAAAGAAGUAAACCCUUGACAGUUUUUCACAUUUCACAUGUUAACAGUCCCUACAUUUAUAGGGACCAUUUAUAGGAGAAAUACAAUCAUUGCUGUUUACCAACUGAAUCAAACCAUGUAACAGAGGGGUAUGGUGCUGAAAGUAUUGGAUGCUAGCUGGCGAGCCUAAGUUUUCCUAUGCCAUGUUUAACAGUAUUUGUUUACAUAAACCUCCUGUGUCAUUUUGGACCAUUGUGGGGUGCAGUUCUCGAAUACAGCACAGUAGAGCUGGGACUGCAGUGAGGCCGAAGUCUGGAUUUCUGAACACGGUUGUUGAACUGUUGUGAAGUGUGGGCAGGGCUCAAGAUUGGAGAUUGUGGGAGCGAUUGAUCCUUCCGAAAAAAAAAGAAAGAAACACAAAUGCCUGACUUAUGACUGUUAUGUGUCCAGAUGUUUUCAAGCUUUCUGAUUUCCUCUGCUUGCAUCGUGAUAUGUUGCUUUGUACAACAGCUGGCUUGGUUUCUCUUGAUACCUACUUGAUACCUAUGGUAUUGGAUUUCCCAAGUUUCUGUGUGCUUGUGUGUGUGGAUAGCGGCACCGGUUUGGACACAACAGAUCACGCUGAUGACAAUCACAAUCAUUGUGUUUUUUACACAUUGCAAAGCACUGUGAAGUGUCAUUCCCUUCACGAGCACAGGGGCUUUGGCUUUGGUUUUGGAAUUAUUUUACAGGUGAGGAAAAGAAGCAGCUAUCUUCCUCACUCAUUCCUCACUGCUUCUUUUCAAUGUUAAACGUGCAAAGGAAAAUGUCUUUCUUUUAAGAUGUUUGGAUAAACUGUAAUCCAAUGAGCAGUCCUAUGCAUACGCGGUAAACACAGUGUGUGUUCUGUAUAUGAGGAGGAAAGGCAGGAGCGGGGGACAGCGUCCUCUUUCCUCAUCAAAGGAAUGCAGUUUCUUACCUGGGUGGUGGAUGUUCCUCCAUACCCAGCACAGCAGUGCAUUUCUAAAGCGGCAGAGGGCCUGCUUGAUUUUUACAUUCACAUUUCAACUGGAAAUAAGGUGCGUUGCCCUCCACCAGAGGGCUGUGUUUGCUAUAGUGACAGUGCCACGUGGCCUGACAUUUCGGUAGCAGGAGCCACUCAAGGCUGGUGUCACUGGGCUGUGUGAUCAGCAGGCCUGUGAAAAUGGAACCGAUGCUGACAUGUACUGUAAUAUGUACCCUAAUACAGUCCUGUGUUCUCUCUGCAGACAGAGGUGGGCUUCAGGCUGUUAGAAUUUUCACAUCUUUCACAUCUUUUAAUUACAUGAAAUCUCCCAAAAGUGGCUGGAGAUUUUAAAUGAGAAUCUAUUUGUCUGUGCUGCUUUUUAUCAAGGAUGCAGACCGUGUUUUUAGGCAGGCAAGAGAGAUUAUUGGUCCUAGUUCUGCUUGCGGUUAGCCAUUUAUUUUGGGUUGCCGUAAAGAACUUGUGUAAAAUAUUGGCUUGUUAAACCUGUGUAGUAGUUGGAUUCACAUUAGCUGUUUGUCUUGCUGUCUUUACUCUAUGAAUAAAUCAAAGAUAUUUCUGCAUUUUUUUAAGAAGAAAAUACUUUAAAGGCACCUGUCUGCCUGUAAAAAGCAUGAGUAGCCUGGGAUUAUGAUGAUGGUAAUCCGUUCCAGAGUUGGGUCAGGCUCCAUCUCAUCUCCCUGCGAUGGUUCUGGAGUCAACUGGCUGUGUCUAUAGAGCAGCUCCAGGUGGCUGUUCUCAGAUCACACUCAGCUGUCACUCAGCCUAGGUUUGCAGGGGGCGGGGGAGUUGCUCAAGGUCAGUUGGUUCAGGAAGGGCCAAGGAACUAAUGUUCAUAAUUUAAAUGAACUUAAGUUUUAUAAGAAAGUAUUUUGAAGUAUUUCGUAAGGAAAAAAAGGUAAAAUACUAAGCCCACGUGCACUUAAGCACUUCUUAUUUUGGGGGAAAGUAUUUGGAAAAUAGUGCUGUUGUCUUUAUCAGGACUGAAUCUCAUGGCUUUCCACAGUUUGAUCAUGUGGAAGGCGCUGUAUCUUUGUGUACCAGUUGAUUGCUCCCUUGUGAAUUCCACUCUGUAGUUGUUUUUUAUACGCUGUUUGUGUGUUUUUAAGAGGGGUGUUCCUUCCUAGGUCCCUCUGAGCUGUCAUUCUGGCCACAGCUGUGGAGGACGUGUGUAUGUUGGUCCUCUUUGGGAAUACUUUUGGAGCUAGCAGUGUUGCGUAUUCAGAGACUGUUUUCAAAGAGAGAUUGUUUUCUUUUCAAUUUGCCAAAGGGAAAAGUCGCCGCUGUAAUGGCAGCUCCGUUGGAACCAAUUAAUGAAAAAUCUACCUUUGCAACAGGAAAACGUCUGGUUUUGUUUUCAGACUUUCUGCUGAAAUAUGUAUAAAGCUUGCAGUAAUUCUUACUCCUUGUAAUGCAGUUGAAAAAGGGAAUAAGGCUCUAUUCUUCUGUGACUGUGCUUUGGUAGGAACCGUAGUUUUGGUGCUUUGCGCUUUAUAUCUACUAAAAGACGUGUGCCAUUUCACUUAUGUCCAACAUAAACAAUCACUGUAGUUUGGCUGUGACAGUUAUCUCUGGUCUAGAGACCCUGCUGCCCACUGGACUGUGGACCUGUGUCACUGUGAACAUCCAUCCUGUUCUGGUUUUACUCUGCAAUCCUGGAAUUGCAUUUUUAAGGUGAAGUCAUUCCCCUUUAAUGGGAAGGUUGGUUGAAGUGUAUUUUGAAACAAAUCAGCUUGCUCGUGAGUUCACCGGUGGAAAUCAACGAACCAUAUCGUGCUGAACCAUGUGUGGCAUGUAUGGCAUAGAGGGUCUCUCUUCUCAGCUGGGGAAUGCUAGUUAGAUAGAAGGGAAUUUAUUUCACUGUUUUUAAAAAUGGAGGAUCUCUUGUGAAUGAGCUGCUUUGUAAAAAGAGUGUCAUUGCAUGAUGAAGUCAGACCUUAAGUCUGUGAAAUGAUGUGAUGUCUUUUAGUGAUUCUUCCUUCUCAGGAGAACUCAGUGCUCGAUAGUAAAAGGCUGAGCUACAGGCAAACCAACUGUUGGAAAGAGAGAAAUAAAAUGGGUACUAGUGUUAAAUCUAAAGGACUUUGCCUUCCAGGGUUUUUUUGUGUUCUACAGGGCAUUUCCAAUGACAGCCAGCAGGGGGCAGCCUUUCAGUAUGUCUUUCCUUAGAUUUUAUUUGGAUUGGAUGAGGUCCAUGGGCCAGUUGCUCAGGCUUGCUUGUUCUUUUGGCCGUGGAGGAAAAGAGCCUCCAUCUUUUAGCUCAUCAGAGUGUCCUCACUGCAAAAUGUGCAAUUUCAUCCUUAUGCAGAGAAAAUACUCUUUAGAUAAGGGAUUUCAGAAUAGCAACAUAAUUAUAUUUUUUGUUAUCUAGCUGGUCUAGAAUGUAGACAUAUUA